AUGGCUUCAUCUUCGUCUUCCGCCUGGGAGCCUUCGUCUUGGCGCUCAAAGCCCAUUAAGCAAGCGCCUGACUAUCCUGAACAAGAGCCCCUCGACAAAGCCGUCGAGGAACUCACCAAUCUGCCUCCUCUGGUGCACCCCAAUGAGAUCAUCGCUCUCAAGGCCCAUCUUCGCGAUGUGGCACAGGGCAAUGCCUUUCUCCUCCAGGGUGGUGAUUGUGCGGAACUCUUCGACUACUGUCGCCAGGGCCCCAUCGAGAGCAAGAUCAAGCUCCUGCUGCAGAUGAGUGUCGUUCUCAUCUGGGGAACCAACAAGCGAGUUGUGCGCAUUGGCCGUAUGGCUGGGCAGUAUGCGAAGCCGCGAUCUAGUCCCACCGAGAUGGUCGAUGGAAAGGAAGUCCCCAGCUUCAAGGGCGACAUCAUCAACGGCUACCGUCUCGAGGACAGGACGAUUGAUCCUAACCGUCUCGUCAAGGCCUAUCACCAUUCUGCUGCCACCCUCAACUACAUCCGCGCCGCUCUCGCCUCGGGCAUUGCUGAUCUUCACCGGCCGCUUGACUGGGGUCUUGGCCAUGUGCGGGAUCCGGAACUCAAGGAGAAGUACUCGACCAUCGCCUCUAGUAUCCAACAGACGCUGCGCUUCCUACAGGUCAUCAACGCUCGACCUGGCGAGCUCGACUCAGUUGAGCUCUUCACUAGUCAUGAGGGUCUUCUCCUUGACUAUGAGCAGCCUCUGACUCGUCUUUUGGAGAAGCCUACUGCCAGAACCACAAGCCCCUCGCCGCCGGGUGACAACAGUGAAAAGAAGGAGUACUACGAUACCUCUGCGCACUUCAUCUGGAUUGGCGACCGUACCCGUCAAAUCGACCAUGCUCACGUUGAGUUCUUCCGCGGCAUCGCCAACCCCAUUGGUAUCAAAGUUGGUCCCACGACACCAGCCUCCGACCUUCUAUCCCUCCUGCGCACCCUCAACCCCUCAUGUGAGCCGGGAAAGAUCACCCUCAUCACACGCUACGGCGCCGGAAAGGUGCGCGAUCUUCUCCCCACGCACAUCCGUGCGGUUGAGGACUCUGAGUACCGCCGAUGCGUUGUCUGGCAAUGCGACCCCAUGCACGGCAACACCCUGUCCACACCCACUGGCAUCAAGACACGUCGUUUCGGCGACAUCUAUCGUGAGCUUGAGGAGACACUGCGCAUUCACAAGGAGGAGGGUAGCAACCUAGGUGGUAUGCACCUCGAGCUCACUGGCGAUGCUGUCACAGAGUGUAUGGGUGGUAGUGAGGGUCUGGACGAGGAUGAUUUGUCGACAAACUAUACUAGUUUCUGCGACCCUAGACUCAACGAGAAGCAGGCCCUUGAGCUAGCGUUCUUGGUAGCGGACCAUUUCUCAAGAGAGCAUAAGAAGCUAUGA